UCCCCCUUCUCUCUCUCCUUUGCUGUUCCUGGCUGAUGAGAAACCUCAGUCUUCUUCACAAGAUGAUUCCUUCCCCGGGCCGGCUGUACUGAUACUCAGAUGGAGUCCAACUUCUCCGGCCCGGGGAACUUUUCCAAUCUGGACGUUAGAAGCUACAGCAUGGAAGAGCUUAUUAUCACUUCCACAUUUUGCACGAUCCUGUCUUUAAUGUAUGUGGCUGGAAUGGCAGGGAAUGUAUACACCUUGGUGGUAAUGUGUCACUCCAUGAGGUAUGCUGCUUCUAUGUAUAUCUCCAUCAUAAAUUUAGCCCUAGCGGAUCUCCUCUACCUGUCCAGCAUUCCUUUCAUUGUCUGCACUUCUUUUGUAAAAGACUGGUACUUUGGAGAUAUUGGGUGCCGGAUAUUGCUCAGUUUGGACCUCUUCACAAUGCAUGCCAGCAUUUUUACCCUGACUGUCAUGUGUACUGAAAGGUACGUGGCAGUCACCAAACCUCUGGACACUGUCCGAAGGUCUAAGGGCUACCGAAAGUCCAUAGCUAUCGCCGUGUGGGUACUGUCUUUUUUACUCACCUUGCCAAUGAUGAUCAUGAUGACCCUGAGAGAGGGAGAGGGCAAAGGGGUGAAGAGAAUGUGCGCCCCAACUUGGAGUGAGGAUGCCUACAGGAUCUACUUAACAGUACUUUUUAGUACUAGCAUCAUGGCACCAGGUAUAGUUAUUGGGUACCUCUAUACCAGGUUGGCUAGGACCUACCUAGAAUCCCAGAGAAAUCCCAUCCAUAAGAAGGAGAACAAGAGGUCACCUAAACAGAAGGUGCUAAUUAUGAUCUUCAGUAUCGUUCUCGUCUUCUGGGCAUGCUUCCUGCCUUUCUGGAUCUGGCAGCUGGUCAGACUUUAUGAUGUGUCCCCCCAGCUUUCCUCUCAAACCCAAAAGUGUAUUAACUAUCUAGUCACCUGCCUGACCUACAGCAACAGUUGUAUAAACCCCUUCCUGUACACACUGCUCACAAAGAACUACAGGGAAUAUCUGAAAAACAGGCACAAGAAGUUUUACCGCUUCACAUCCUCUUUCAGGAAGAGGGGUUCCAACCUACAGUGCUCUUCCUGGGGUCGCUCUAUGUCCUCCAGCAAUCACUAUGAUUGUGUGUCAGAGUCUAUGGGCAUGGGAUGUGUGAGGGACAGCAAGUGAAACACAGUAGUCUCAGGUCUGGUGCUGGCUGCAUGCUCACUGCAGGGGGACCUCUGACUCUGUAGUAGAACUGAAAGCCUACAGCAUUUUGCCCUGCCACCAAGCUGCUUCACUCAUGCCCAUAUCCACAGAAUAGCCUGGCCAAGGGUGCCUCCACCUUUAGCUCAAUUUGUCCCUGGCAAUCAGCAUCCUGGAGAUGGUGCUUACACAUACUGUAUUCCUAUUGGUUGUAUGAGCAGUUCAAGCUGGAGGUGUCUGCAGAGCAAGUCCAAGAUCUUCUAAAGGCCAAGGUUUUCACAGAUCCAAAACCAAAACCAAAACCCGAAAGGGUGGUUUUUGCAAAACCUAUCCAGAUCCAAAACACGAGCGGGGAUCCAGUUCCAAAACCAAAACACAGAACACGCAAAGUGCCCGCAGCACAUCUCUAAUCUCUAGCAGUGUCCUGCACAGUAACCGAGGCUGAACUACAAAUGCUAAUUAAUCACAGUAUUUGAGGAGUAACACUACUAGAUUCAUUUAUGUUGGUAUUGUAUUUUAUAAGAAGUACUAUACUAAAUCAGCAUUGUUACUUCUAAUUAUAAGUACAGCUAGUGGAAAACAGUUUUUUGGUGGGUUUAUUACAUUCAAGUUGUUUCAUAUGCUUAUACCAACUAUGUAAAGACGGACCUAUACAUCACUAUGGAUUAUAUGGUAUAGGUUCCGAUUGCCGGAAACUUCCGGCGGAGGGAGCCAAACAUGGGCAAAGGUUACCGCUCUGAUGCUCUGAAAAUGUAGUAUUUUUGGAACUUGGUGAAUUUAAGUUUCCAUACUAGUAUAUGGGGACAGCAUGCAAGUUAUUCACCUACAUUUGUAGAAAUUAACGGAUAAUAGACCCCAUAGACACAAUAAUAGUUUGACUUAUUAAAGAGGUCUGUUGAUUUCAAUGAAAAAUUCUUGCUGUUCUUUAAGAGGGAUGCGGUCAGGAUGCCGGUGGUUGAGAUGCCGGCGCUUGAAAUACCAGUACCGGAAUCCAGACACACAGCCAAAAUCCCGGCGCUGGAAGUCCGACAAUACUUGGAAUACUGUUGUCGGAAUCUCGACUGUCGGCGUCCUGAACAUAAGUAUGCCGGGGU